UCAUUCUCUGUUUCUUGUUUCUUCACCAGGUUUUCUGUAAGAUCUAAAAAUAAGUGUGUCUAAGCUCCAGGGCUCAUCUCACAACAAAUUACAGAGCUGUGGGAAAGCAUGGGAGGCUUCAGAUGGCUUAAGAUGAUGUAAAUUGCAGCUGCUGUGGAAAGGUGUGACCUACAGUUCCCCUCCACCACUGGUACAGCAGUAGCAUUUGCAGGGAAAUUCUGGUGAUUAAAGAUCAUGGCAACCAUAGAGGAACUGGCCCAUCAAAUUUUUGAACAGCAAAUGGGAGAGGUUACACAUUCACAGGAAGCUGCUACACAAACACUAAUGGAUGGGACACCACAACGAAUCCAGAUUGUCCCUACGGAUUCAGGCCUCUCUUUAUCACAACGUAUACAGAUUGUCACAGAUCAGCAGACGGGCCAGAAGAUUCAGAUUGUUACAGCACUUGAUCAGAGCUCAGCAGGCAAGCAGUUCAUCUUAACAAAUCAUGAUGGCUCUACCCCAAGCAAGGUGAUCCUUGCCAGACAAGAUUCCACUCCAGGAAAAGUUAUCCUAGCAACUCCAGAUGCUGCAGGUGUCAACCAACUGUUUUUUGCAUCCCCUGAUAUUUCUGCACAACACAUCCAGAUUUUAACAGACAACUCCACCAGUGAACAGGGCCUAAAUAAAGUGUUUGAUCUGUGUGUUGUAUGUGGAGACAAGGCAUCAGGACGUCAUUAUGGAGCAGUAACUUGUGAGGGAUGCAAAGGAUUCUUUAAAAGGAGUAUACGGAAGAAUUUAGUUUAUUCAUGCCGAGGAACAAAAGACUGUGUCAUUAACAAACACCACCGGAACCGAUGUCAGUAUUGUCGGCUGCAGAGAUGCAUCGCGUUUGGGAUGAAACAAGAUUCUGUGCAGUGUGAGAGGAAACCUAUUGAAGUGUCAAGAGAAAAAUCUUCUAACUGUGCAGCUUCUACAGAAAAGAUCUACAUUCGGAAAGAUCUUCGUAGUCCGUUAGCUGCAACUCCAACUUUUGUAACAGACAAUGAAACAGCAAGAUCAACAGGUCUGCUGGAAUCAGGAAUGUUUGUUAACAUUCAUCCAUCUGCAAUAAAAAGUGAACCUACUGUGCUGAUGACUCCAGAUAAGGUUGAAGCAUGUCAAGGAGAUUUAAGUACGCUGGCAAAUGUGGUGACUUCAUUAGCAAAUCUCAGUAAAUGCAAAGACAUAUCACAAAGUAGUACAGAGCUAUCUAUGAUUGAGAGUUUAAGUAAUGGAGAUGCAUCAUUAUCUGAACUCAAGCAAGAAGAACAAGCUAGUAGUGAUGUUACAAGGGCAUUUGAUACUCUUGCAAAAGCAUUAAAUCCAGCAGAGAGCGCAGCAUGUCAGAACUCUGAAAGUAUUGAUGCCAAUGCACAGCUGCUUGGUGGAGAAACAGGCACGAGUGUCGUUGAAAUAGAGGGGCCACUACUCAGUGAUGCUCACGUAGCAUUCAGGCUCACCAUGCCUUCUCCUAUGCCUGAUUAUCUUAACGUUCACUAUAUCUGCGAGUCUGCCUCCAGGUUGCUUUUUUUGUCCAUGCACUGGGCACGUUCCAUUCCAUCUUUCCAAGCUUUAGGACAGGAUAACAGCAUAUCAUUAGUAAAAGCCUGCUGGAAUGAACUUUUUACGCUUGGUCUAGCACAAUGUUCACAAGUUAUGAAUGUGGCAACUAUAUUAUCUGCGUUUGUUAAUCACCUUCAAGGCAGUUUACAGCAAGAUAAGCUGCCAACAGACAGAGGAAGACUAGUGAUGGAGCAUGUCUUCAAAUUGCAAGAGUUCUGUAACAGCAUGGUUAAGCUUUGUCUAGAUGGAUAUGAAUAUGCAUAUUUGAAAGCUAUCGUCCUCUUCAGUCCUGAUCACCCAGGUCUAGAAAAUGUGGUACAGAUUGAGAAAUUUCAAGAAAAGGCUUAUAUGGAGUUCCAGGACUAUGUAACAAAGGCAUAUCCAGAUGAUACUUACAGACUGUCUAGACUUCUCCUCCGAUUGCCUGCUCUUAGGCUGAUGAGCGCUGCCAUCACUGAAGAGCUGUUCUUCGCAGGACUGAUUGGAAAUGUCCAGAUUGAUAGCAUCAUCCCAUAUAUUCUGCGAAUGGAGACAGCAGAGUACAACUCCCAGAUCAUAGGUCAUGCCGUAUAAAAGUAGCAGUCCAGGAUUCUGUACCAUGGCAGUCAUGGUGAUGUAAAUGCAUACCCUGUCUCCAAGAGAUGGUAGUAAGCCUUCCAAUGCACCUUUCCAAAGAAGGCUCAUAUUCCUCCUUUCCAGUACACUUGGGAAACAUGGUGGAGUGUAUUAUGAUAUAGGAUCACUUCCUAUUUUUCAUCUAUCCUCAAGGACUUGUAAAUUAACUUGAUAUCUGAAGAAAGUAAGAAUUGUCUAUCCUAUUUUUGUAGAUAGACGGACUUGGAAUAUUUGUUUAUGAAGUCCAGGCUUAUGAGGAAACUGAAGAAGCUUUGACUGAACUAAGGUAUCUUGAGUUAGUGUGAUGUUUUAGAGAAAUAAAUUAACUUUCCUCUCCAA